GACUCUUGUAACCUUCAAAUAUCUCAACUUAUACCGAAGUCAUCAAAUUCAAGUCACUAAGGCUUUUGGAAGAUUAUGAUAUUAAUUGAAAUAUUAAACGGCUAUAAAUUUAACAGAUUGAAUGAAUUAAACUGUGCUUAAAUGGGGUGAUUAGUAGUAAAUAAUUGAAUUUAACUUUCGGCAAUAUUUAAAACAUUAUAAGAUUAUUAUGUAAUGCCAUAGUAGACUAAAACUGAGGUCAUAAUUUUUUUGCUUACAAAGAAUUUUUUCAUAUCUUUAUAUUUCAAAUAGCUUAAAAACUUAGAUUUUAUUGUUUCACAUUAACAAAAUCAGUAAGGUCAGAAGGUUAGUUUAAAGAAAAAAAAUGAACAAAUGAAAAAUUUAUAAAAUACAAAAAAAGAUAGUAAAAGAAAUGAAGGAAAAAAAAGAAAGAAAAGUAAUAAUGAAAAAGAAAGAAAUAGAUAUGAAAGAAAGAAAAAAUAUGAAAGUAAGAAAAAAAAAUAUAUGAAAAAAUAAAAUUAUAUGAAAAAAAAAAGUAAAUAAAGAAAAAGGACAUAAUAGGUUGAGAUAUUGCAGUAAAUGUAGUGUGUAGCUCUUCUAAUACCUUGUGGUUUGUAGCAUGUAAUAUUGUGUAUUGUGUUGGGUCACUGGUGUAACAGAAAAUCAUCAUCACAAUUAAAAUUAAAAACUGUAAGGUCACAUAUACUUUUAAUUCACAAAUUUUUGAGAGAAAAAAGAAUUGUUGCCCACUUGCUUUGCAUGCUCUAAAAGCCACAAAUGUGUAAAAGAAAUUAAAAAAAGUUUCUUAUUUCAGAAUUAUAAUAUGUUCUCCUCUCAGAGGUAUUUUUUUUUAGAAGGCACUGUAUUGUAGAAGGCACUUUGUUCCAAAUCUGUAAUUUCCUUGCGGCUAUGCAUUGUAGUUUUUUUUUUCUAGUGAAGACUAUCAGCUAUUCUGACAUGCCAAUUUGAAUUAAAACUUUUCUAUGGGAUUUAAAAUUUGUAAACACCUUGGCUCUGAUUAAAAGAAACUGCUUACCUAGGUUUUAAUAAACCAAUAGAAAAAUCUGCGGUAAACAGGCCGUGUCAUGUCUGACUGGGAUAACCGUUUAUAAACGUGGCCAUUUAACGUGUUAUCGGACAGCUGUUUAUAUAUAAAAUUAACCGGUACAAUCUGGAGGAAUUGGCAGAUAUUAAGUUAUACACAUCAGAUUUUUUGUUUUAAUAAUACUGAGUUGUUCAGAAAGCCCUGCAGAUCUACACAGACACCCAACUCAUCAGCCAGGUUUGGAAGUCGUCGUAAUUUGCUUGGACUUGGUGGAUCAGACGACAGUGGUGACGACGAUGAUGGAGAUGACAGCGUAUUCAAAUGGCCUAGUUCCAGACAUGGUCCAUCAAGGAGUCACAGUCGACAGUCAUUAAAUCAUAGUCGACAGUCACUUAAUCAUAGUAGACAGUCACUAAAUCAAAGCAGACACUCACAGAAAAGAGGCCCAAGUAGUAGUCAUCAUCGUACAUUUUCUCCAAAUCCUAGAUCCAGGUCUCGCAACAGUCGACAUAACCAAUCUAACGAUGAUUUGAAGAAAGGUGCCGCUGCAGCUCUUGAGUCGGAAAGCGAGGAAUCUGGAUAUGGUGAAACUUACUAUACCAUGCACGCGUCGAGUUUUGACAAUGUACUAGAAACCGAAACAAUUGACACAAUGAGAGGCACACCACUUGGAUUAGAUAUGACUCGUUAUUCCGAUAACGAUUCAACCGUUAGUUACAUAACUGGAGAAUUCCCUCAGGCCAAUCCUGAGGAUCUCCGUAAUACUAUGACACAGACACCAGGUCAUGCUAGAACCCAGACUGAACCAGACAUGAAUGAUUCACCAAGAACAAUACAUACACAGACAAGUGGACUAGCUAGAAAUAUGUCCAUGCAGACAUCUCGCAUGUCCAUUGCAUCAGGAAGGUCCACUGGAUCUCGUGGAUCUCGUGCUGAUUUAUUACGUAGUAUUCUGAUGGAUGUUAAAGAAAUAAAACAACAGAGAGGUUUAAAUGAUAGUCCAGGAUUAUCAGAGGAUUCAAUGAUAUCUAAUACAUCGGUCAAGAAAAACAUGCUGCAAACAAUUCAGUCUGAUGUUCAAGCUCUUAAAAAUGAGGGCAGACAAGGAACUGCUGGAACACAGACUAUUUCUGAACAAGGAACUCAAACUGGAAUAAAAUUGUUCCCAGAAGGUGACUCUGUCCGUAACUCUCGUCAUGGACGUCUCCGUGACUUAAUGGAUGACGUUAAGAACUUAAAGGGAGGUAGCCCUGAUAGUCCAAAUGACUUGAGAUCUAGGCAGAGUUCUCGUACUGGUACACCAUAUGAAAGGCGACCUUUGUCAAGUGUACAAAAUCGACCAUCCCCCGUUCGAUUUUCUACACCUGGACCAGCCGCCAAUGGACCAGUACAGAACGGUGUACCUGAACAAAAUGGAUAUGACUAUCCACAACAACCAUACAUGAGAUCAUUACCUGUGCCACCCAAUCCUCAGCCACAGAUGAAUGGAUAUCCUCAGUAUCCAGGCAGGAUGGUGACACAGGAUGACAUAAAUGCCAUCAGUGAUAGAAUACAACGAUUACAAAACUACCAGCUACCACCGCGGCGUACACUGCCACAACCUCCCCCUCAGCCACCUCAGUAUAUUGUACCAGUGUAUACAGCCCCUCCACGACGUGUACGUAUCAACGAAUUUCCUCAAACAUAUAAUGAUGAAGAUGGAUUUAUGUCCGAUGAAAGUGAAUAUGAAGGUGGUCACGCCCCUAGGAGGGGGAGAAGGCGUCGUAAUCGCCUAGAUCAUUUAGAUAUCGAAGAUGCCUUAGACGAAGCUGUCAAACAGGGUCGUCAGCUGAAAAAUAUGUCCAAGAAGAUGAAAGAUUCUUUGAGAGAGGAUCUUUUAGAUUUAUAGAUAUUUUAUUUAUUUAUUAUCGUCUGUGAUUUAGGAUUUUUAAGCCGACUGUGAUAUUGAAAUAUUUGUACGCAAGGUGUAAAUGUGUAUGUUGUGAUGAUAUUUGACUUUUCUCCUAUAUGAAUUGUGCAGAGAUGUGCGAAAUUACAAGCCUUUAUAUGUGUGUAAAUGUGUGUAAACAUUGACAUUUUAAAACUGAAUUGGUAAUUCAUGGAGGUGCUUUAGAAAUUCUAAAUGGAUCACUUAGAAGUUUUUAAAUGAAUAUUUUACCUCUUCUCAUUAUUCAUUUUCCAUUGAUAUUCUUGUUAUUGAAUGGAAUUUUAUUGACUUUCAAACAAACCAAUUUAAAUAUAGAGCUAAUCUGCUAUUUUAAAUUUUUAUUUUACUUGGCUCUGUUUCAUAUGAAUUUGUAUAACAUAUUUUCUGAUCGGUAUGGAAAAGCAAGAUAAGAUUUAUCCUGAAUUUGAUAAUGUCAAUAUCAUAACAAACAUACAGAUUUUUAAAUCCAGGGUUUAUAUAUUUGCAUUUAUUAAUGUUUGUCUCGACUUGUGAUUUUUUAUUUGGAAUUUUUAUAGUAAACGUUAAGCGUUAUUUAUCUUCAUAUUUCUCUUGUAUGACUAGAUUUGCACAUCCACUAAAAGACAAUCUAAAAGAUAUAUAGAAUCUUGCCUAGAGACCAUCUGACCAAUACUCAUCCAGGGAUUUUUCAUUGAUAUAUGAUCAUAUAUAAAAAAAAACCAAACAAACAUCAAAAUUAGUUUGUAUCUGGAAUUUAAAUUCUAUAUCUGAAAGCUAUGGAUAAAUAUACAAAUGAAAAUUAUUGUAUUUGCAACCAAUGCAUUCUUAAAUGUUCAAAUCACCUAAUUUAUUUGCAAAAUUUAAUCUAGGAUUUAUUUUUGCAAUAUUCUUAUAAAAUGAGGCAAUGGGUCAACCGGCAUCAAAGGAAAUAAUGUAUUUGAUUUUUUUUCUGAUCAUUUAAUUGGUAUCACCUAUACAAAAAUUAUCUUGCAAGCUAUUGUUGGCAAAAGACUGUAUUACAUAUUUCAUUGAAAAGUGUUUGAUCUGACUUGAAUUGCAUUGAAAUAUCUUUGAAAAAUCCCUGAAACAUUGAUGAUCUCAAAAAGAAAACUUUCAAGAUUUUAGGUUCAUAAAGCAUCAGCGUAUAGGAUCAAUGAAAUCUACCGGGUUUGUGAGAGAGCGAUAAAAACGUGUAUUGAUUGGUUUGUGUUAGUUGUUGAGAGAAGUGGAGUGCAAAUAUUAACAGUAUUGAUUGUGAAAUAUGAAAUUGCAUUUAAUUUUUAUAUCAAUCAAUAUUAUCAUUUUUUUUUUCUAUGUUUUUUUUACAUAUUUUUGUGAUAAGAAAAAUUUAUAUGUUGCUUUUGCAAGAAAUUUUCCAUUCACUUACAUUUAAGUCGUAACUUGAUAAUAGGAUAGAUUAGUUCAAAAUAAAAUAAACUGGAAUUAUAUAGGAGCUAGGGUUAGAACUAGAAUUCUGUCCAUUUGUUGUACUAUUAAGAAAACUUUAUGAAUAUUCAAUAAUUUUUCAGUAUUUCUUGUCAUUUUAUGAUAAAAUCAAACUGGAAAAUCCUGCACUAGCAGGAUGUAAAUUUAAUUAGUUAACUCAUGGUGGUUAAAAGCACUAUUUUGUGUGAUUGUUGGGAUACAUUCACUUUCUUUUGAAGUAAAAUGAGAAAAAUCUUAUUUUUUGUGUCCUUCAGUUAGUGUCUAAUGUGUACCUUACAUCUCCUUUUAUUCACUUUCACACAAAAAAAUUAUUUCGACGAUGAAGUAAUUUUAUGGAAGGAUGUUUAUCAAUCACCUUAGUUUUUUAACAGUGAAACAGUGGCAGGAUUUUCCAAUUUGUUUUUAAAUUGUCAGCUCAAAAGAGGACCAAGUCUCCAUUUUUAACAUUUUUCUAAAUGUUAAUUAUUGAACACUCUGCUAUAGUUCUAAGAUUUUGCUUUGAACACUAAAUGUAUCUAUUUAUUUUCUUGUUAACUGUAUUAUUUGAAUAUUUUUUGUAGAUAAUAUAUUUAAUUAACACAACUACACAUUCCAUCCAAAUUGAAUUUUUCUACAAAUUUCUUAUAUUUUUUAUCUGUGAUAAUGUAAGAUUGAAGAUCUGAUAUGGUUUUACAGGGAAAGCUUUAUAUAUGAGAUGAAGCAUUUAUAUGUGUUAUUUUCUUGUCUUGAUAUAUAUAUAUAUAUUUAACUUUUUUCAAUUUCUUUUUAUACUUUUUUAAUGUUUUAAAAGUUUAUUCCGUCCAAAUUUAAUUCCUCAUGUUAGGCAUUAGAGAUGCAGUUAUAUAUAGUAACAAGUAGAGCAUGUGAUAUCAAAAUCAUGUGAUCAGUGAUUUUUAGUAAAAAGUCACAUGAUUAAUUUUAGUUAAUGACUGCAACUAGCAGACAAGCAUUUAUAUUGUUAUGAAAAUAAAUUAUUUAUUAUA